AUGAGCUCAAAUUUAAAAAUUGCCUGUGUUAUGGUUGGCUUGCCUGCAAGAGGCAAAACGUACAUUUCGCAAAAGGUUUGCAGAUACCUCACCUGGUUGGGCAUCAAGACAAAGGUAUUCAAUGUUGGCAAUUACCGCCGCCAAUUGCAUGGUGCCAAUUUACCCCACACAUUCUUUGAUCCACACAAUACAUUGGGCGAGCAACAGAGACGAGAAGCAGCAGCAGCAGCAUUGGAGGACAUGAUGAGAUGGUUCCGAGAUGAUCAGGGCAUCGUUGCCAUCUACGAUGCCACAAACAGCACGACUGCAAGACGUCGAUGGUUGUGUGAAAAGCUGGGAAGCGAGGAUAUUCAAGUGCUGUUCAUCGAAUCCAUCUGCCAAGACGAGGAGUUGAUUUUAGCAAAUAUCAAAGACGUCAAAUUAUCAUCCCCCGAUUACGCUAAAAUGGAUCCUGACGAAGCUGCCGUUGAUUUCAGAGCUCGUAUCGAUCACUACAAGGAACAAUACGAAACGAUCACCGAACAAGAACUGACUUACAUCAAGCUGAUCAAUGUCGGCAGCCAGAACAUUAUCAACCAGAUCCAAGGCUAUCUAGAGUCAAGAAUUGUCUACUAUCUGAUGAAUCUCCAUAUCGCACCCAGAAAGAUUUACUUUAGUCGACACGGUGAAUCGCAAUACAAUCUCGCAGGUAAAAUUGGCGGUGACUCCAACUUGUCUGAACGAGGUCGCUUGUAUGCUGUGAAGCUGCCUGACUUGAUAAAGACAAACCUGGGCGAUCAGGAUUUGACUGUGUGGACAUCCACCAUGAAGAGAACAAUUGAAACCAGCGAGAAAUUAGACUAUCCAAAGCUACAGUGGAAAGCAUUAGAUGAGCUGGAUGCUGGUGUCUGUGAUGGAAUGACAUAUGAAGAGAUUGAGCAAAAAUAUCCAGAAGAUUUCGCAAACCGCGAUGAAGACAAGUUCAACUACAGGUAUAGAGGAGGAGAAUCUUACGGCGAUGUUGUGCUCAGACUGGAGCCUGUUAUUAUGGAACUAGAGAGACAUGAAAACAUCUUGAUCAUUGGCCAUCAAGCCAUCCUGAGAUGUAUUUAUGCCUACUUCAUGAACUAUAGUCAUGAAGAUUUGCCAUACAUCAAGAUCCCUCUCCAUACCGUCAUUGAAUUAACACCAAAAGCAUAUGGAUGCGAAGAAAAGCGAUUCAAAGUUGACAUUGACGCUGUGGAUACGCAUAGACCCAAAGUCAAGAAAUCUACAUCGAUUCGCAAGCUGAUGCCUUCAUUGAAACUGCCUGCUGUCGGUGCUAGUGGUGAAAUCGUCAGAGAUCCCAUGAGUCCUAUCAUUCCUAUUAGCCCUCAGUUGUUUCCAAAGGGCAGUACUUCAACAACAACAAGCUCAAAGGCCAGCAGUAGUGCUCUUACCAACCUUGACCUGGGCGAUACCUAUUUUACUAAAAAAUCUGAAUAA